AUUAGUAUAUAGUAUAACAUCGGGAACGGUAGCUUAAAAAAAAUAUUUAAUUGUAUAAAACGACAAUAAAAAUGUCUAAAUUUAAUAUAUUCUGUAUAACUAUUGUCACAUUAAUUGUGAUUACCACCGAAAUUGCUGGUCUGACCACUAAUCCGACGGCCAGACAGCUAAAAGAUGCCAUCAAUGCAUUGGAAAAUUUUCUUAGUCAUAUUGACAACAAAAAUUCAGUAAAAUCCGGUAACACCGGGUCGUCGGCACCGGGCGAUGAUGGCGAUGAUGGUGGCAGUAGUAGUAGUAGUAGUAGUAGUGCUGGUGCUGGUGGUGGUGGCUUUAAUGGUAUACAGGUAGCUGUUGGAGGACCAUUGAUUGGCUAUUUGGGUCAGCAACAACAGUUAGGUGGUCCAAUCUUGCUUAACAAUAACAAUAAUAAUAUAAAAAAUAUACCUGCCCUAUCGCCUAAUGGAGCAUCGCUUGGACCAUUGUUUGGCCCUGUAGUUAAAGCUAGCAGCGGUAGUAGUAGUAGUAGUAGUAGUAUUAGAGGUUGGGAUGGAUCUGGUUUAGGACCAUUGACUGGUGAACUUAACAGUAACAACAAUAGGGGAUUGGCUACUGCUGAUGGUGGUGGUGGCUUGAAUGGUUUACUUAGAGCUGCUGCUCAAUCACCACAGUCAAAGUUUUUAGCCGGUGGUGGACCAGCAAUUGCUUUACCAAUGAUUGCCCAACCGUUUAGAUAUGAACAAUGGUCGUUUGGUCCAAGGUUAGGUAACAAUGAUUCAAUUGGCAAACCAGUACAAGUACCUGCCCUGUCGCCCAAUGGAGCAUCGCUUGGACACUUGUUUGGAUGGCCAGCUAGACAUAGCAGCGGUAGUAGUAGUAGUAUAGGUUCCGGUGGAUCUGGUUUUGGAUCACUGACUGGUGAGCCUAACAGUAACAACGUUAGGGGAUUGGCUGGUGGUAGUGGUGGUGAUGGUGAUCGCAUUAUUAGAGAGACAGGAGGACCAGCAUUGAUUAGCUAUAGAGUUGUAACUAAGCCCAGUGGUCCCAAUAGACCAGUGUAUGUACAGGCAGUUAAAGAUAGCAGCAGCAGUAGUAGUAGUAGUAUAGGUUCCGGUGGAUCUGGUUUUGGAUCACUGACAGGUGAGCCUAACAGUAACAACGUUAGGGGAUUGGCUGGUGGUAGUGGUGGUGGUGGUGAUCGCAUUAUUAGAGAGACAGGGGGACCAGUAUUGAUUAGCUAUAGAGUUGUAACUAAGCCCAGUGGUCCCAAUAGAUCAGUGUUUGUACAGACAGUUAAAGAUAGCAGCAGUAGUAGUAGUAGUACAGGUUCAGGUGGAUCAGGUAUAGGACCAUUGACUCAUGAGCCUAACAGUAACAACAAUAGGGGAUUGGCUACUGCUAAUGGUGGUGGUGGUGGUGGUCGUCCUGGUGAUGAUGGAUCUGUAAAAUUGGUUUCCUAUAGUGAACAUUUGCCUAACCCGGUUGAAACAGUGUACCGGUAUGACCCGGCAGCUGACCCUAACAGUAGAAGCAGUCGUAGUAGUAGUAGUAAUGCAGGUUCGGGUGGAUCUGGUUUAGGACCAUUGACUGGUGAGCUUAACAGUAACAACAAUAGGGGAUUGGCUGCAGAUGCUAAUAAUGGUGGUGGUGGUCGUCGUCCUGGUGAUGGUGGAUCUGGACAAUUGGUUAUCCAUAGUGAACAUUUGCCUAACCCGGUUGUAACAGAGUACCGGUAUGACCCGGCAGCUGACCCUAACAGUAGAAGCAGUCGUAGUAGUAGUAGUAAUGCAGGUUCGGGUGGAUCUGGUUUAGGGCCAUUGACUGGUGAGCUUAACAGUAAUGACAAUCGGGGAUUGGCUACUGCUAAUGGUGGUGGUGGUGGUCGUGGUCCUGGUGAUGAUGGUGGUGUUGGUGGUGGCUUUAAUGGUUUACAGGGAGGUGCUCUAGGACUAGUAGCUAACAAUAACAGACCUUUACCAGUGGCUAUCCCUAAUUGAUAGUACAUUUUGUUUUUUAUAUAUAUAAAAAUAUAUGAAACAACAGUAACAAUACUACUAAAGCUAAAAUCUGACCAUAAAAUUCAUAUAUAUAUAUAAUUUA